ACACGCACCCCUGCAUGCUCGACGCGCCUCGGCCAGGGGAGAGACACCUUCCCACACUCCUGCGUGUUGCAUCUUCCUCCCCACGGGCGAGCUUGGCCGGGAGCAUCCCCGCGCUCGCCUCGGGGCUGCUCUGCCUCUCCUUGCUGUCUCGGGCUGCAGCAGCAGCAGCAGCAGCAGCAGCAGCAGAGCUCAGGCAGGGCUCAGCGCGGCCCCGCUGCCCCGGGGGACGGAGCUCUGCGAGUGGCCAAGCCCAGCUGGGGGGCAGGGAGCCAAGCAUUGGGGGUCCGGAGCAUCCCCGGCGUCUGAAACAUCCUGGGAGCCAGAGCACCCCCAGCACCCGGAGUAUCCUGGGUGCAGAACAUCCCCGGCGUCCGGAGCAUCCCGGGAUCCAGAGCGUCCCCAGCAGCCGAAGUAUCGUGGGCUCCAGAGCAUCCUGGGGUCCAGAUUAUUCCUCGGUCCAGCGCAUUCAAAGCAUCAGAGCAUCCCCGGCAUCUCGAGCAUCCCGCCAUCCAGAGCAUCCCGACCCUCCCUGGUGUCCAGAGCAUCCCCAGCAUCCAGAAGCGGCGUCCAGGGCCAUCCCAGCGCCGGGGGAUUCGCAGGGACGAGGAGAUGCCUGGCUGUGAGUAACGGGGAGGGGAACCUUGCCACUGCUGAUCGGCUCCUGGGAGUGUCACUCUGCCCUGAUUGCCAGUGAAGAGAGAGUGGGGGAAGAGGAGGAGGAGAGGAGAAAGGAGGACGGACACAGAGAGGAGACGGAGAGCUGGUGCUUCUUCCCCUGGAGCUGGCUCCAGCGAUGAUCACCUAGCUCAGGUCACGGCCGGAGAAGGUCCCCCCAGCCCCAGAGCCAGCCCCACCGCCCGGCUGCUCAUGGAGGGCGGUUUGGGGGCCCCCAACGCCAGCGUGCUGGGGGAGCGCUCGCUGCUGGUGGGGAGCAGCUGGGUGGCCGCUUUCCUCUGCUUCAUCAUCCUGCUGACCACGGCGGGGAACUUCCUCCUCAUCCUCCUCAUCGUCACCCAGCGCUCCCUCCGCAACACCUCCAACUACUUCCUGGUGUCCCUCUUCAUGUCCGACCUGAUGGUGGGGCUGGUGGUCAUGCCCCCGGCCAUGCUCAACCAGCUCUACGGCCGCUGGGUGCUGCGGGGCGACUUCUGCUCCCUCUGGUAUUCCUUCGACGUCAUGUGCUGCAGCGCUUCCAUCCUCAACCUCUGCGUCAUCAGCUUGGACCGCUACCUGCUCAUCAUCUCCCCCCUCAAAUACAAGCUGCGGAUGACCUCCUGCAGAGCCCUCUGGCUCAUCCUGGCCACCUGGACCUUGGCUGCGCUGGCCUCCUUCCUGCCCAUCAAGAUGGGUUGGCACGAGCUGGAGUUUGAGGUCCGCUCCCCAAACGUCACCUCCCAGGGGGACGAGGACCAGUGCCGGCUGCUGGUCAGCUUGCCCUACGCCUUGGUGGCCUCCUGCCUGACCUUCUUCCUCCCGUCCGCCGCCAUCUCCUUCACCUACUGCCGCAUCCUCCUGGCAGCCCGCAAGCAGGCGGUGCAGGUGGCUUCCCUCGCCUCCAACGUGGCCACCGCCGCCACCGCCGACACCACGCCGCAGGUUCCUCGCACCCCGAGCCAGCCCGCGGCCGGCAGCGAGAGCAGGAGGUUCGCCAACAAGCACAGCAAGAAGGCGCUGAAGGCCAGCCUGACGCUGGGCAUCCUCCUGGGCAUGUUCUUCGUGGCCUGGCUUCCCUUCUUCGUCACCAACGUGGCGCAGGCAGUCUGCGGCUGCGUCCCGGCCGGCUUCUUCGACGUGCUCACCUGGCUGGGGUACUGCAACAGCACCAUGAACCCCAUCAUCUACCCGCUCUUCAUGAGGGACUUCAAGAGGGCCAUGGGCAAGUACCUGCCCUGCUGCCGGCGCUCGGGGGAGCCCCGGCCCAGCGCCAUCUCCCUCUCCAUGAGGAACUCCAACAGCGGACCCCGCGCCGCCACGUCCCUCAAGAACGUCCUCACCUUGCAGGCCGAGAGCGACUCGGCCGACUCGGGAGCGCCGGGGAACGAACACAACCCGCUGCCUCCCGGCGACGCCUCCCCGCCUCCCCCGGCCCCCCGCGCCCCUUCGAUCAACCUCUUCGACGCGGAGCCCCCGGACGCGGAGCUGCGGCCCCAGCGGCUCGGCACCCCCGUGGCCUGAG